UAUUUUCAAUGGAAAGUAGCUAAAGCCUGCUCGAAAAGUAGCUAAAUGUCGCCAGAUGACGUCAUGCGUCAUUAGCAUAUUAAUGACGUCAUCGCGUCGUAUUUGCAUUCUGCCUAAUUUGUCGGUACUGUAGCCUACUUCAGUUUAUAAUAACGGUUAUCUCCCCUAAACCGUGCUCAUACUGUUUUUAUAUAAGUAUAUAGCCGAAAAACGGUCAAAUUAAAUGUUUUGAAUUAAAACAGAGGAGAAGGCAGCUGCUAUGUGAUCACUGAUUGGUUCCUGCUAACACAGCGUGCACAUGCGCAGCUCAUUCAUGUCUAUGUCCGCUGGCGUGGAGUCAACGGAAUGUGCUGCUCCUAUCAGCCGCUCACUGAACAGAGCAGACGCAGCGGGGAAGUAAGACCUCACGCUUGCAGUACUGGCGAUAUUUGGAAUUUGGAAAGUUGCUAAGGUUUGUCCAAAAAGUCGCUAGAUUUGUCGCUAGUCGCUUUUUUGAAAAAAUGUCGCUAAAGGGGUCUGAAAAGUCGCUAAAAAUAGCGACAAAGUCGCUAAGUUGGCAUCAAUGCUGAGAUAAUCACAGAACGCGUACACGACACGUCCGAUAGUGACACGUCCGAUUCGCGAACUAUGACUCCUUUGAACCAAUUCAUUUUAAUGAAUGGUUAAAACAACUGAUCUGUCCAACACUGAACUCACGAGACGUCUGCAUCGGUGUAUAACUGAUCGAUAACACUUUACAAAUACUGUUUUCACGAGCAUUCCUUACUGCAUUUUAAAGACUGACUGAUCAGAGCACACCCUGCAUUUUCUGCUGCACUUUUCUCCUUGGUUCCUUGUGCUUUCUACAGGGACCAGUUAAUUUAAUUUCUUACCCCCACGAAAAAAAAAAAACAUUGCAUUUUUCAAGUUUACACAGCAUCUCUUUCAUUAUUGUUUAACUGUUUUUUUUUUUUUUCUUCCUGAGAGUACUACAGGUUUUGUCUUUUCAGGCUCAACAGCUGUUACAUCGGGAGAACAUUCAAAGAUGCCGCGGAAAGGAAAGAUCUCAGGCUCAACAAAUUCGUUGGAGAAAGUUGGACCUGGAGGAUGAACAGACCAGACCCUCCAGGAUUAACAAGAUUGGACAAGCAUGCAUCAUUCAAGAUUCAGCUCCAUUUUGUGAUCGCCAACAGGCAGAAGAUGGUCAUGAGGCACCCAGAGUUUUAUCUGUGCAGGCUUCUCAUUGCCAGAAUGAUGCAAGCAUGUCAACUCCAUCUCCAACUGCAUUUUUGACUUGCAAGUGUGUUGCAACCAAGUUGAGCCAGCGAGCCCAGAGCUUCACCAAGGGACGGAAAAUAGAUAUUGGAAGAUUUAAAACGCAGUGUUUGAGUGCCCUUUCUGACGGGUCAAAAACCUAUUUAAAUAAAAAAGAUGGCUUUACCCGGGAGUUUGAGGAGGGGGUGAGCUAUGUACUCCAAAAACACACUAUAUCAAAUGCAUACGGACAGAUACAUUUGUUUGUGGGUCCUGGAACCCUGAAAUUCAAAAUGGUUCCAAUGGAGAUCACAGAGGAGGCAAUGAUGCAGGCCAAACAUGCCCUGUGUCCGGCUUCCCCACUGAUGAGUGGGGAAGAACAGGACAUCUUCUCUCAGGGUGGAUACCUCAGCCUCCAGGGAAAGAUCAUAGAAUUGUGUGGCACGAGGAUGACUAGAACCAACGUCCCCAUUCUGGACAUGCGGCUCCAGUGUGGAGGAAAGGCCUUUGACGUGUCGCUGUGGAGGGAUGAGGCGCUGACGGACCUCUACGUGGGUGACGAGGUGGUGCUCACACACCUUCGUCCCUGCAUUUUUAAGAACGGCCAGAGGAAAUUCCAGUCCUCGGCCUACACGUCUGUGCAGAUCCCUGAGGGCCAGGUUGAGGAAACUGAGGUAGACAUCAUUGGUGUCUCUGAGGUCAACGACACCUGCACAUUCCUCAGCAGUGAGUCGGAGGUAUUCAUUGUGCCGUCAACCGUCUUCUCUGGCAACCCAGACGACCUCAUCGACAGACUGCCAAUGAAACAUGUGCUGAAGCACCUUAACAGACGGGUCCUGCAGAUCCGCGAGAGGGAGAGCUCAGCAGAAUAGCCUGCUCCCUCAACCAUUUUUCUUAAUUUAUUUAAUUUGUUUGUGUUCUGAGAAAAUUAUUUAAUUGUUCUUGUUUAGUUUAUAUAGUUUGUUCCAAAAUAAAAUAUAA